AUGCGAAAGAGGCAGCAGUCACAGAAUGAGGGAGCACCUGCCGUGUCUCAAGCACCUGGAAACCAGAGGCCCAACAACACGUGUUGCUUUUGCUGGUGCUGCUGCUGCAGCUGCUCCUGCCUCACUGUUAGGAACGAAGAGAGAGCAGAAACUGCGGGAAGACCCACGCUCACCACCAAAAUGGAGAGUAUCCAGGUCCUAGAGGAAGGCCAAAACCCCACGACGGAUGAAGUCUUGUCCUGGUCUCAGAAUUUUGACAAGAUGAUGAAGGCCCCGGCAGGGAGAAACCUUUUCCGAGAGUUCCUCCGAACAGAAUACAGCGAAGAGAACCUGCUUUUCUGGCUUGCCUGUGAAGACUUAAAGAAAGAGCAGAACAAAAAAGUCAUUGAAGAAAAGGCCAGAACGAUAUAUGACGAUUACAUUUCAAUACUAUCACCAAAAGAGGUCAGUCUUGAUUCUCGAGUUAGAGAGGUGAUCAAUAGAAAUCUGUUGGAUCCCAAUCCUCACAUGUAUGAAGAUGCCCAACUUCAGAUUUAUACCUUAAUGCACAGAGAUUCUUUUCCAAGGUUUUUGAACUCUCAAAUAUAUAAGUCAUUUGUUGAAAGUACUGCCAGUUCUACUUCUGAAUCUUAA